CUGUAAUAUUUCUUCCAUGGUCAUCUUGCACUCAAUCAAACACCGUUAUUAACCGUUGAUCAAUCUUAGAUCACAUCUUGACCGUUAAUUGUAUCUUGUCCACAUACCAACGCGUUUCUCUAGAACACCACAAAGACACGUUGCGAGCUCGGUAUUCAUACGCAUCCACAAAAAGAAACUCGAAUUCUUUAAUUCUUGCUUUUGACUAUUAAUUCCCCAAAAUUUCAUCUUUCUUUCGUAUAAAUUGAAGCCUUUUCUGUUGUCUCAAAUCACACAAGUUUUCUUCGAUUUCUUGCACAAUCAGUUCAGAAAGAUUACAAAUUUUGUCUGUAUCAAUUAUACGAUGGCCUCUCAAACCAAGAAAUCAGUUUAUGCCUUCACUGUAAAGGACGUUAAAGGACAAGAAGUGGAGCUUAGCAAGUACAAAGGAAAAGUCUCGCUGAUUGUUAAUGUUGCCUCACAAUGUGGCUUUACAAAUUCGAAUUAUCCUGAGUUGACAACUUUGUACCAGAAGUACAAGGAUCAAGGUUUUGAAGUCCUUGCAUUUCCAUGCAACCAGUUUGGAGGACAAGAACCUGGAAGCAAUGAAGAAAUCCAGGAGUUUGCUUGCACUCGAUUUAAAGCAGAAUACCCUGUCUUUAGCAAGGUUAAUGUGAAUGGGAAAGAUGCUGAUCCUUUGUACAAGUUUUUGAAAUCAAGCAAAGGAGGGUUUCUUGGUGACAGCAUUAAAUGGAACUUCACAAAGUUUCUAGUCAACAGAGAAGGAGAGGUUGUUAGUCGCUAUGCACCCACCACUAGUCCUCUCAGCAUAGAGAAGGAUAUAAAGAAGCUGCUUAAUUAAUGUGUUGGCUUAAAUGUUGUUUCAUGAGAGGUGGUGGUUCUUCGGCCAAUAUAGCAAUAAGUUAGCAAUCAUCAUGGUUAUAAAUGUUUGUUUGUAAUUAAGUUGUUAAACAAUUUUUUUUUUCUUUUUUUAAAUGUUAAUGUGUUGUUAAAUUAUAUGAAUCUUUGAUUACUAUAUGUCUAUAUGAUAUACGGGCUUGGAGUUUACAAAUGGUGUGUAUUGUGUACUAUCCAUCUGUGUGAGAAUGGACAUGACCGCAUGAGGAAUGAACAUUCCGUUGCAAAAAAUUUAUAUAUGUUAUGGGAAAAAACAGGCACUUCCUUAAAGCAAUUUUGUAACAUAUGAA